CACAGCGUGGGGCUCAGAGGAUGAGCGCAGCAGCAGCCGCGGUCUGAUCUCUCAGUCUCUCUCUUUUUUUUUUUUUCCUCCUCUUUCCCUGUCUUUCUCUGUCUCAGAGCUGGAGCUGAUAUUGUGCUUGUUUUAACUCUCACUGCUGCACAGGUGCUUUACAGUAAUAAACAUGGCGACGUCGGCCAGCUCGCAGCUCAGCAAGGUGGUGAAGCGACAGUACAUGGAGCUUCCGCAAGGGGACAAAGUGCAGGUCAUGUACGUCUGGAUCGACGGCACGGGGGAGGGACUGCGCUGCAAGACCAGGACGCUCGACUGCGAGCCGAAGAGCAUCGAGGAUCUUCCUGAGUGGAACUUUGAUGGUUCCAGCACCUACCAGUCGGAGGGUUCCAACAGCGACAUGUAUCUCAUCCCCUCGGCCAUGUUCAGAGAUCCGUUCCGCAAAGACCCCAACAAGCUGGUCCUGUGUGAAGUUCUGAAAUACAACCGCAAACCUGCCGAAACCAACCAUCGCAUGACGUGUAAGAAGGUCAUGCAGAUGGUGGAGGAGCAGACCCCGUGGUUUGGCAUGGAGCAGGAGUACACCAUCCUGGGAACAGACGGUCACCCGUUCGGCUGGCCUUCCAACGGCUUCCCCGGUCCUCAGGGACCUUACUACUGUGGAGUCGGAGCAGACAAAGCGUACGGCAGGGAUAUCGUCGAAGCCCACUACAGAGCGUGUCUGUACGCCGGCGUGAAUAUCUGCGGCACGAACGCCGAAGUCAUGCCAGCUCAGUGGGAGUUCCAGGUGGGGCCGUGCGAGGGCAUCAACAUGGGAGAUCACCUGUGGGUGGCUCGUUUCAUCCUGCACAGAGUGUGUGAAGACUUCGGCGUCGUCGCCUCGUUCGACCCCAAACCCAUCCCGGGGAACUGGAACGGUGCGGGCUGUCACACCAACUUCAGCACUAAGGAGAUGCGGGAAGAAGGCGGCCUCAAAUGCAUUGAGGAAUGUAUUGAGAAACUGGCGAAGAGACACAACUACCACAUCCGUGCCUACGACCCUAAAGGAGGUCUGGACAACGCUCGCCGCCUGACAGGCCGCCACGAGACCUCCAACAUCCACGAGUUCUCCGCCGGCGUCGCCAAUCGCGGCGCCAGCAUCCGCAUCCCUCGCGCCGUGGGCCAGGAGAAGAAGGGAUACUUCGAAGACCGUCGCCCGAGCGCUAACUGCGACCCGUACGCCGUCACCGAAGCCCUCAUACGCACGUGUCUGCUCAGCGAAGACGGAGACGAACCCGUGGACUAUUAGAUGUUUUUAAAUCUCACUUCUCUCCCUGUCGUCUCCAGGACUGAACUCCAUUCCUCUCAUCCCUUAAAGCGGCCACCACGAGGCCAAAUUUAGUACUGUAUUCUUUUGUUUUUCUUUUAUUUCCGUCUCGUUAGAAUGUGUCUAACCAUGCAUCAUAGCGGUUUUUAAAAGAAGUUGGCUGGUCAACUUAACAUUUUAGGAUUAAACUUGACGUUAACCGGGGACGUGAUCUUGCGGCGCAUAUCUGACCCUUCUGUGUCUUUUGGUUUCCUUCUUUUUUUUUUUUUUUUUUUUUUUUUUUUGAUUGGCACGUCUCUACUCUUCUCUUCUUUCCAUGAUACUUGCCAUUAAACCCACCCUGCCUUCCCCCUACUCCUCAAUCUCCAAUCCAAGACGUUCCUCUUCACGAUGAUGAUUAAAAAGGACUAAAAAUGAGUUGAGACCGACGGACUACAGCUGCUCAGGCUGCGCAAUACAUUUCAUUUCAACAGUAGCUAGCUCGUGUACGUGAGCCGACGUAACGUUUCAACUGUGUAAUGUUUUAUUGUUACUAACUAAAUUGGUGUUGGAUGACAACAUUAUCUGUUUUUGUACUGGUUCAGGUUGUACGGUACACUCUCGACUCUCCUGAUCUGUCAUGCCACUUGUUUAAAAAAAAAAAAAAAAAAAAAAAAAAAAAAAAAACAGCGAGAGAGAAUUUGUGACCGAAGAAAGCUUUUGAUGGUUUGUGUGGGUUUUGGGUAAAAUCCUGACGUUUGCUGAACCUGAUUGUGUUUGGUUUUUUUUUUUUUUUUAAGACUCUUUAAAAAAAUAUAUUAUUUUUACCACGAA